ACGACCCAUCAAAACGACGGCCGCCAUCGUCAAGGGUUUCCUUCCCUUUGUCAUCGUCUUCAACCUCCAGCGAUGUUAAGACCAGAAACCCUAGAUCUCACUCGAAUCAUCUUCUCGUGUAUUUGAAUCGAUCUAGCGACUGAUUGAGGAUGUUUGUUUUGUCAAUCUGCGGACUUUCGAGCGCAGAAAUGGCUGGGCCGCAACAAGCAUGGGAGGGACCACGUCAACUUCAUCCGGUGCCCCAACUGCGGCAAAUGCUGCCCUAAGGACAAUGCCAUUAAGAGGUUUCUUGUCAGGAAUAUUGUUGAGCAAGCCGCUGUAAGGGAUGUCUAGGAGGCUUGUGUCUAUGAUGGAUACGCUCUGCCCAAGCUUUAUGCCAAGGUGCAGUACUGUGUCUCUUGUGCAAUCCACUCUCAUGUUGUUAGGGUUUGAUCUCGUGAGAAAAGGAGAAACCGCGAGCCUCCUCAGCACUUCAGACGGAAGGAUGAUGCGCCUAAACUGCAGCGCGUGCUUGCUGCAGCUUUUUGCCCUUGAGACAACUCCUGCUGCUCUCAGGUUCUCUAUUGCUUUCCGUUGCCUUAUUCAGAGAGUACUUUUGUCGAAGUACAUCAGAGCAUCACCCAAACUGAGAAUGUUUCUGUUUGCUGUAGCUUUUGUUGAGCCGCCUUCUUUCUCUAUUUUGUACCAACAAAAGCCGAGAGUUUUGUACCGGCGGGAAAAUUAUUCUAGUUUUUUAAUGGAUAUUGGUGCAAGUUCAUUAUGAGAUCUUUGUGCUGCAUUUCAACGUUU